CUUCCAUUCUACUUAGGUAAUUAUAACAAGUGAAAUGCAUGUGCGAUUGCAACAAAGAAUACUUACCUACUCGUUAACAUUUUUAGUUGCACUAUUGUUCGGAAAGUUGAUUUUUCUUAGCAAUGAUUGUAAGGAGAAGUUAGGAAAUAAUCCACAUAAACAUGUAACAGCAGAUCCUUGGAAUAUAAAUGAACAUUUAAUUGAGUUACAAGUUAAUAAAGCAAUUAAUAAAAUACGCCGGACAUCUGACCACCUUAAGCCGCUUGUAUCACCUGAUGUUGAUCAUAAUGGAAUACCGCAAGGUGAAGAUAUGUUCAUUGAAAGUCCAAAGAAUCAUCCAACUCAAGAAGACUGGGGCCCACAUCAGUUAGCCUUAAUUGUGCCUUACCGAGAUCGAUUCGAAGAACUGAAGGAAUUUGUUCCUCACAUGCAUAAAUAUCUUAACAUGAAAAAAAUUAAUCAUCAAAUAUUCAUAAUUAAUCAAGUUGACCAACACAGAUUUAACCGUGCUUCUUUAAUUAAUGUUGGUUUUGUAACUGCAAGAAAGGAAUCGUGUGAUUACAUCGCAAUGCAUGAUGUUGAUUUGAUGCCGUUAAAUAAAGAUUUGAAUUAUGGGUAUCCAGAUCUUGGACCGUUCCAUGUCUCUGCUCCCCACUUGCACCCUAAGUAUCAUUAUAAGAAAUUUGUUGGUGGUAUUUUGCUGGUUUCUAUUGAGCAGUUUGAGGAAUUGAACGGGCUUUCAAACAAAUUUUGGGGAUGGGGUCGAGAAGAUGACGAAUUCUACAUGAGAAUAGUGGAAAAAGGCUACAAGAUUUAUCGUCACGGAAAAGAAAUUACAACUGGAUAUGAAACGUUUAAACAUGAACAUGGAAAAGAGAGGAAAAGGGAUUAUGCUAAACUACCUGGCCAAAGAAAGGCAAUGUUUGAGCGAGAUCUGUUUACUGGAUUAAAAGAUGUGAAAUACACAAUAAAGAAGCGACAGGAAUUAAGCAUAGACGGCAGCCCGUGCACAGUGAUAGAUGUCGAACUAGAGUGUGAUUUAGAUUUAACUCCAUGGUGCAAUUUAUCCAAAAAGAAAAAAGAAUAACUAUGUCUAAGAUAAGUGCCUAUUUAAAAGAGAUAGGUGCCUGAUUUAAACGAAAGUAAAGAUGCUUGUUAUAUAAAAGCUUAGGUGCCUAUUUUAAAAAACAAUAUGUGCCUAUUUUGAUAAAAGAUUAGGUGCCUAUUUUAAAUAAAAUAUAGAUACCUGUUUCAAAUGGAGAUAUAGAUUCAUGUGAAAAACAAAGUCUUUUUAGCCUCUACAUAUAGUAAGUUUAAAACAGCAUAAAAAAAUGUGUGAAUAUUUAUUUAUGAGAAUUUUUUAAAGAAAGUAUUAGAAUUUUAAAGUAUUUUAAGAACGUAUUUGAAAUAACGUAGUUUAUAUAUUAUUAUAUUGAUAAAACAAUUUUUUGUAUACAAUAUUUAUUGAGAAUAAUGAUUUGUUGAUUUGUCCGCAUGGGUAGAUAAAUUAUAGAAGCCACUCCCAUUGAGAAUUUGUGGUAAUUUGUCCUAUUAAUGACGUCAGCGCUUAUUUUGUCUGUAAGCUGUCAGACUGCACUGUGUAUGGUAUUUGUCAAUGUACAGUCCUUGACAAGAAAGUCGUAUAACAUGACACUGAUGGUAACCUUAAUUCCCCAUGUACUAUAAGAACGUUAACUAUGUCCUUCAUGGACUGUUUAUUUUCGUCUUUUGUUUUUAUUCGUCUUGAUUUACCUCUAAAUAAAAUUUUUCAAUUGUCGUGAAUUCGGUAGGAAGUUUUUACAUUUAUAAGGGUUUAACUAUGGUGAUAUAAUAAACACCAAAAGACAUAAAACUUAAUCCUUGCAGGAUAUUUAUUCUCUUAUACAUAUUUAUAACUUUUAGAUUAUGAAAAUAAAGUACGGUUACGUACUUUAUUUUCAUAACCUAAAAAAAAAUGCAACCUGACUGUCUCGACCAAAGGUGUACAAAAUUUUGUAAAUGCACUGUGUUCAAACACAAAGUUAAGCCUCGUGUUAAGAGUUAAAAGUGUUAACAGUGUAAAACAAAGUGUAUGUUUCCCAAAUAUGCGUGUUUCGGUUUAAUGAAAAGUUUCGAAAAUUCCAAGAAUAUCUGUAAUUUGUUUUGGGAAGACAUCACGGUUCUUACAUUGUUUUGGAAAACUAGAGUUUUAAGAGAAUUUUCCAGAAUCAUUUUGUUUUUACCUUAAAACAUUUCAAUAUUUUACUUCUCUCUGUAGUAUCUAUAUUAGUAUUUUUAAAAGAAAGUCAUCAUGCCGAUGUUAAUAGCACAUGUAAUCAUGAAUAUUAUUCAUAGAAACAGUGUAAGCAGAUCGAAAUAACGACGUUUCUAACAUUCCGACUUCUCCCAAAUUUUUAGUAGAAUCUUUGGCAGAUCUAUAAUAUGGAAUGUUUUUCAUUGUUUUUAAUUCUGUUCUCUAAAAUUUGACCCCAAGUCUCCUAAACUAUUUUAAAAUUUCAAGGGUGUCAUCACACUGGUAGUGGAUUGUUGCUGCCUUUGUUGUACUUAUUUGGUUUAUAUUGUUGUAUUGCCUUAUUGAAAAUUUAAUGCUAGCAGCAGAAAA